AUGGCCUCGGCUGCGAUAUCCCCAACUGAGGAUGAUGAGCUGACCCUUCCCCGUGCCUCCAUCAACAAGAUGAUAAAGGAAAUUCUUCCCCACGUGCGAGUGGCCAACGAGUCUCGCGAGUUGAUUCUCAACUGCUGCACCGAAUUCAUUCACUUGAUAUCAUCUGAAGCAAACGAAAUAUGCAAUCAGCAGCAGAAAAAGACAAUUAAUGCCGAGCACGUGCUCCAGGCAUUGGAAAAAUUGGGCUUCGGUGACUACAGUGCUGAGGCUGAAAUUGUCCUGCGGGACUGCAAGGCUGUUGCAGCUAAACGAAGACGACAGAGCACUCGUCUCGAGAAUCUUGGAAUACCUGAGGAGGAGUUGCUCAGGCAACAGCAGGAGUUGUUCGCCAAGGCCAGGGAGGAGCAGGCAGUUGCUGAGCAACAACAGUGGCAGCAAUUGCAGGCAGUUGCUCAAAUGGCGUCAAUGCAGCAAGCUGACAGCGAGCAGGAGGAUUACUCGUAGAAUUGAGAGGAACUCGUCGUGACUUCUGAAGGCACGUCAUGACUGACGACUCAUUACUGACUAUUUAUGUUUACUGAGAAACCUUUUUGGGUGGAAAAAAGACUGAUCGACGGCUAUUGUGACUGCUGAGUUUGAAAAUGUUUUUGGCAACAAUGUCAAGUAGCUUUUUGAAGAUUACUUGAUUUUUAAAAUGGUUUUCGAGGUCAAUCAAAUUUAAAUGGCUGCAUCUCAUACUUUUAGAAGUCUAUGUGAGUUUUUUUUCUAUGAUUUGGGGGUUAAAAAGAUGGUCCUGAUUUUUUUCUCAAUUUUUUGUUUGUUCCUUUUUAAAAUAUAAUUUUUUAGGGAUUUUUUCAAUUAGAAAAAAUAAGUUCAGAUGAUUUUAUCCCAUUUCCCCUUUGUCACACAAACAUUUUUCGUUUUCCAUCAAUAAAAAUCUUUAGACUUAAAGAUGAAAUCAAAAGAAUUUAACAAAGAAAGCUUUAGCAAUUGAAGGAGGAGGUUUAAUUUUCAAGAAUGUUCCUGGAAUAAUUUCACAGUUGCAACGACCGCGAUAAUUUUCUUUUCCACAUUUGAGUGAUGACCACGAAUACGUGAACAAAACAUUCAACUUUGGUUGAAUUUCAGUAAAUUGUAGUUUAGAUUUUUAACAAUACGAGGUCUGUACAAUUACAAAUGUACCUGUUUUUUCCCUUUGCCUCUGCUGACUCGCCAGGAAGACCUAAGGCAUUAAUCUUGCGUACUCUAGGGACAAGUGGCUCUUCUUCAGCCCUUCAAUAACUUUUGAUACAUAGUGAUACCUGACAAGGGAAUUGAUUUAUACAUUAGCAAGUGGAACAAAGUGUCAAUAAACAUGAUUAAUAUUA